AUGCGCCAACUUCGUGAGACGUUGGCCAAGACAUGCGACGAGAAGGAUGCAAUCUUUCGGGACCUGCUCUCCACACGCGAUUCCCAAGCCCAAGUAGAACAACUGCUCAGGGAUGCCUUGGACGACGCGGAACUCAAGGAAAGGCAAAUGCAAGAUCUUAAACAUCAAUUACAACAAGCUCAAGAGGCGCUCAACCGUGCUUCCUUAGAUUCAAAGACAAGCGACGCUCUCUCACAGCUAGAGAUCAAGAAUCUGCAAGAGGAAAAUGAACUACAGAAGGCCGACAUCGAACUACUUGAAGAUGAAAAUGAAGGCCUCAAGAGCGUGAUUGAAGACUAUGAGAAAGAGAUUAAAGUCCAGCAGAAUCAGAUCGGUAUCCUUUACAUGAAAGCAACUGCAUCAGAGAGGGAUAUCGAGGCGCUGCAAGCAACGAUCCAAAUCAAGAAAGAGUUCGACACCAGAGCAGUUCAAGAUAGUUUCAGUGAUGGACGAGAUAGCUAUGAUACCCGUUCGGGGCAACAUCCAAUCAUCAACCCUCCUGGCACAUCUGCUUCGCCUACUCCCACAACUACUUCAAGAAGCUCCUCAGCGACAGCUAAAUCUGAAGAUAGCACAAGCGCUCACGGUUCAGUUUCAAAUUCCCAGGAUGGACUCUCACCUCCCGCUGAGUCAUCUUCUGGUACGAGAACGUUGAGAAGAGGAGAUGCGAUUCAGUACGAAGGGUUUUCCUAUCCCAAAGAACAUGCGGUCCCUGAUUGCGUCCCGGCGCGCAAGGGACGUCACCAAUUUUCUGGUACUGGAAGUAACGCCUAUUAUACACACUUCAGCUGCAAACAUUGCCACUUCAAAUGCAAGGAACCCAAACCAAAGUCCAAGAAAGGUGUUGAACUACUUCGCUGA